GCGUGUGUGAUGGGUGAGACCCCUCCGUCUCCAACUACAUCCAGCCCAAACGACGGCCAACCAAUUGAAGUAAUAAUUGGAGGGGCAGUGGUUGGAGCAAACAUUAUCAUCCUUCUGCUGUCAUUGUCAUUGGCGGUGGCCGUUUGUUGCAUUUGUUGCAGAAAUAAGGGAAAAGAUAACAGGGAGAGUGAACCCAAUGAUCUCUCUUGGCCGUCCAGACAGAGCUCACUAGCAGUGCCCUACACUGUAUCAUCCAUGACACCAACAGGUAGAAGUGGCAUCUUUGACUACGACAUUGACACCAAGACCUCCACCACGUUUGAGCCAGGAAACAUCUCCCGCACACCGUCAGUACCACUAGUCACCAUGACCGACAUACACCGCCACUCUACCCACUCCUCACGCAGUGGCAGCUUCUCCAGUAUCGAUCCCAAUGAACUCACAUAUGCCAACAUGAACGAUAACAAUGAUAACAAAGUUUGAUGACCCAGUGUAUGAGCACAUAAAGGGAGGAGAGAAGGAGGACAUUGCUGCAAACCCUCUCUAUGAUGGAAUGAAGAGUACUAACCUAUAGCACAGAAUUCCUUGUUUAAAAGCCUAUAUUCAUUGUGUUAUGGACCUUUCUUUGGUGCUGCAAUUACUAUUUGUUAUUA